AGAAUAUCUCCAAGCUUUUCGCAUACAGUAACCCGAAUUUCACAUUUUCUAACCAAACUCUUGAACUUGCGACUUCGAACUUUGUAUUACUUGACUGUUGUAAUAGUUCGCGGUGGCACAUUCCCGUUUAAGGAUCGCAGCGCAAGUGGCUCGUAAGACUGGGUAUGGUGUGAUCCGGUGGCGAUGCUACUCUACUAUUUUGCGAGCGCUGUCAAGUCGAUACAGUUCCAUGUGGACGAUGACAUCAUCGACAAGCUCAACUACUACUACACUACUGCCAUCAUCACUGUGUUCGCCAUCCUUGUGUCAGCUAAGCAGUAUGUUGGUUUUCCAAUCCAAUGUUGGGUUCCGGCUACCUUUACCGAACCUAUGGAACAGUAUACGGAGAACUAUUGUUGGGUGCAGAACACCUACUUUCUGCCUUUACAUGACUAUAUACCGCAUAAUUAUGCGGAACGAGAAAAUCGACAAAUCGGGUAUUAUCAAUGGGUGCCAUUUGUAUUAGCCUUGGAAGCAUUAUUAUUUUAUGUGCCAACCAUCGUGUGGAGGUUGUUGAGCUGGCAAUCAGGUAUACAUGUGCAGUCGUUGGUGCAGAUGGCUUGCGACUCGCGGCUGCUCGACUUAGAAUCACGUAAUCGUGCCCUGCAAACCAUUGCCACUAACGUUGAAGAGGCCUUGCAUGUUAAACAUCAAGUGAUGAGCGGCAAUCGACUGAAGCUGCUAAAUCUCAUCAUAUGCACGCGUUCUUCGGGUGCCGCCGUCACAUUCCUCUAUAUAUCUGUAAAAAUACUCUAUACGGUUAAUAUUGUCGGUCAAAUCUUCCUCUUGAAUACGUUUCUUGGGAACAGGAGCAGGUGGUAUGGACUGCAGGUGCUUAACGAUCUAAUGAAUGGACGAGAGUGGGAAGAGUCCGGACAUUUUCCCCGAGUCACUCUUUGUGACUUCGAAGUUAAAGUGCUAGGAAAUGUGCACCGUCACACCGUCCAGUGUGUUCUUAUGAUCAACAUGUUCAACGAAAAGAUAUUUCUCUUCCUGUGGUUUUGGUACUUUUUGUUGGCCGGUGCCACUGUAUGUUCGUUAUUCUAUUGGAUUUAUAUAUCGGUGGUGCCAAGCAGGCAACUCAACUUUGUGGGAAAAUAUCUGACUGGCAUUGAAGGAUACAAAAUGGUAGACUCGCAAUCGUUACGAAGAUUUGUCUUCCAUUUCCUGCGACAGGACGGCGUGUUUCUGUUGCGGAUGGUGGCAACGCAUGCUGGUGAACUGCCAUGUUAUGAGCUGGCAAAAACUUUAUGGAACAAUUACUGUGAUAACAAAGAGGGCAAGAUGCACGACGUCUGACAGCCACGGCUCGAGCAUUCGACUUCCCGGGACCAAGCAACCAUACGCACUUGUGCUAGACGUUACGUGUAUGUCUCCUGCGACCAGCGUCGCCGCUCCCUCGUUCAUUCCUCAAGGCGAUAAAUUCACCAAAACUGUCUUUCCUACCAAAGCACUGACUGGACGCGAUGCCGUCGCUCUGGCUCUCUGCAUUCGCCGGCGAAGCCACCGCCAGAUGCCCGAGUAGCCCGAGCCUCUGCAUGCUUUCAUUUCACUUACACGAAUCUCUUAUGAGAGCAAAGCACCGAUCUUAUAGGGUUCAAGUUGUUCAUUUAGGCCUUUCCGCGAUGAUUUGUUCGUGUGUGAGGUCCCGCGUUUCUACCACAUGCGGCAGAAGUCCGAAUUAAAUUUUUAGGCAGCGAACUCGCUCACUUCUGCCGUGUGCCUCCAAUUGUAGCCUCGUCUUCUAGUCAUGUGUGCCUGUUACGAAUCUCCAUAAUCCUGUUCACUGCCAACGCAGAUCCAUCUUUCCUCUGUUUUCAGAAGGUGUUCAUCUGACACUUACUACACUGCUAAUUCUAUGAACCAACCUACUUAUUAAACUUAUUUCUCACUGCGUUUGUUAACUGUCUUUUCUCACUCCAUUGCGUCUCUUGGCGCAGUGUUAAGAAGAGCUUACUUGACCACCUGAUCUUGCUCUUAUUAACUGCUACGAACUUAUUUUUGUUCAAUGAGAAUUUAUUUGUCCUGUGUUAUACAGAAUAUGUAAGGAUUGAUAGAUUAUUACUUGUUUUGAAUUCAAAGUACUUUUGUUCAAAUGGUACCUUAUCAGAAGCCUUGCCUAAGUCCUACGUUCCUAUCGAUGAC